UCAGGAUAUAUUGUUAUUAAAUGGAAGGAACCGUGUGUAUCUCUAGAGGACUGCCAGCCUUCUAACCUCGAGGUACAUGUCAGUAGGGUAUAGGUACAAGAGCCGAUCUUUAUGGCCACCUAAAUCAUGAACCGGGGUGAGUACCGUGUACAUUGGUUGUUGCACUUUACAUGCGUUCUGAACCGAAGACAAUGGGGCCUCGGAACAUGUAGACACACGUACGUGGAGAGGUACGUACGUAUAGCCCGGAGGCAUCUAAAGCCCCUACCAACGAAUUAAAGACCGGUAUGCGUACCUAUCCUACCUACCUAGGAAUCCCAGCUUUGAUCUAAACCAACCCAAUCACACGAAACUGGCAGAUAUAUUCCCUCCCACCCGCCAUCUGAUCUCUUUCCUUCUUUCCUCUUUCUCCUUCCCAUCCCUUUAUUGUUUACACCAGGCCCCGUAAUAAGAGCAGGGUAAGAGGCAAGAGACGAGUGAGACAUUGGAGGCAAAAAGUCAUUCGCUACAACCCAGCACAACUGUACAAUAUUGAACCUUCAACCAUUUUCCUUUCCCAACCCAUCUGUCAAGUACACUGCCAAUCGCUAAGGAAUAACCUACCCACAUCGACAAGAUGCGAUUCACGCUCGCUCUCGUUUCCGCCCUUCUGGGCAUUGCCGUAGCGGCGCCUCAAGGUGUCACCGACAAGCUUACCCCGACCGGCGUUGCUCCCGCGGGUUGCACGGGCAGCUUCGAUGGAAAGUUCGAGAUUACCGUCGCGGAGGUAACAGAGAAGCGAAGUGUCUCCAAGCCUGAGAAGCGCGCUGAGUGUGGAAGCGAUGGUAUUCUCGUCUCGACUCUGAAGGAUGGUUCUAUCUUCGACUCCAAGGAUCGAACCGGUUACAUCGCGUCGAACUUCCAGUUCCAAUUCGAUGCUCCCGCUCAAGCUGGCGCUCUCUACACCAGCGGCUUUUCUCUCUGCGACAACAACGUCCUUGCGCUUGGUGACAACAAGACUUUCUACCGCUGCCUCUCCGGAACUUUCUACAACCUUUACGAUCGCAACUGGGCUGCGCAAUGUGAACCUGUCUCUAUCCUCGCUGUCCCUUGCGGUUCGGAUGCCCCCGCUUCGCAGAUUCCUGAUGGUCAAGUCGUCGGCACUAGCGUUGUUCAGACUACUAUCGUCACCGCUCUUCCGGACGGCCAACCACAGGUUGUCACCACUGCAGUACCUGUCCCGAUUUGCCAGAUUGGCGAUGGUCAAGUCCAGCAGGGAAGCACACCUUGCGCCUCGCUCACAUCCAGCCCGACCAGCACGUAUGUCCCCGUUAGCGAGUACACAGACGGCCAAGUUCAAGUUACACCCCCUGGCAGCGCUCCAGCUCCUUCAGCAACCGCUACUGGUAGUGCCCCCGCACCUUCGGCACCAGCUCCAUCUGGAUCUGCUCCAUCGGCACCGACAGUUAGCAGCAGCGCCGCAGUUUCAAGCUCAGCUGCCAGCUCUCCUAGUGCUAGCGCCCCUGCCAGUUCGUCUGCUUCAAGCCCUACUUCGCCUCCGGCGACAACUUCGGCACCUCCUCAGAGCGGGUCCUCGCGCGUCUCCGUCGGAACUGCUGGCGCUCUAAUCAUCACCGCGAUGGUUGCCUUUUUCUACUUGUAAAUAUGACUCACAUACCCAAGCAACUCGUCACUCGCAGGGUUUUCCGAGAGGAAAAAAGGGAUGAGUUGAGAAGGAAAGAGAGAUAAUGUUUUUGGCAGGGAAUUAAUGGCUCAACACCAUGACGAAUGGUUUAAUGUGUGAAAUGCGAAGGAAUACGAGAGAGACAACGUAACACUGGUAGCAUAGUGGGAGUUAGGGGAAUAAUACAAAAAGCUCCGAUGCACAUGAAUACGUGGUUUAAGAGGAUGUGUCUAUACAUAUAUAAACCCAUGUGCUUACUUACCCCGAGAUCAGAUCACCUCAUCUCUGUUGAAUGUGACGAUGCAUAGCUCCUUAUUGUAUAGAUCGCCCAAUCCAUAGCAAGCACGACAUCAAGCACAUCAUUUGGCGUAUUUCAGGGGAGAUUAGUUUCGGGGUUUGAAUGCGACGCAACUGUCACUCGAGUUACCCAAGAUAUUUUAUAGCUAUUUUGAGGCUCUUAAGCAUGGCCGUCUUAAUAUUGAGGAGUAUGUCUUAUGGUGUAUGUAUAUGCUUUUGUUUAGAAUGAGAAUGAUUCGGUAGAGUUGGUCUCCUAGUACCUAUCCUGGAUAUUUAUAGGGGUCUACGACUAAUGCUAGCGCUAAUGCUUAGGGGACUUCAACUAUCCGUACCCCGCUAAACUACCUAUCUGGGUACGUAUCGAUAACACAUUAGAGGAUCACGGCGUUAAUGAGC